AUGCUUAAUUCUUCAUUUAAUUUUUUUGAGGAGAAUGACAUUGCAAAAUUGAGAAAAUAUGUAUCAUCAUUAAAUAUAUUAAUUAGUUUAUUACAAAAGAAAAUGAGUGGAAAAAAGACAAAGCAGUUCUAGAGUAAAAAAAUCAUUUGCUUGAACUCUAAUUGGAAGACUAUAAGUUGAGGGAAACUAAUCAAAAAAAAUUAAAUGAUACAAUUACUUAAGCUAUUAGUGACUCAACUGCCAAUUAGAAAGUAUUUGUUUAUAUUUUUUACAGUUUAGAAAUCAAUUGCAGAAUUAUAAAAAAACAUCGAUUUUUAAUAGAAGGACCAUUGUAAGGCAAAAUUUAAAGAGUAGAUAAAAUAAUUAGAACUUUAAGUAAUGUUUCUAUUAAAUUAAAGGUUAGGUCUUUAUAGGAAUAAUUAUAAGAAAAAGAAUCUUAAGUAAAGGAGUUAGAAUUAUAAUACUAAAAAUAAUAUUUGCUUUAUGAUCAUCGAAUUUCUUAACUUGAACAAGAGAAACUCUCAAAUAAUUAAGACAUUUAAAAAUUAAGAGAACAAUUUACUAAAUAAGAGGAUGCUUAUAAAUAAAAAGAAUAAUAAUAUAAAUAAUCUCAUGAUUAAGAAUUACAAAAAAUAAAAGAUCUAAACAUCCAAGAUACUAAUUCAAAGCAACAAGAUUAUGAAACAAAAUUCGCUUAAUUAUCCAUUUUACAUGAAAAAGAAAAAGAAUAACUCUAAAUUAGAAUUAGCAAAUGUUAAAAUACGAUUAAGAAAUAUUAACAACAUAUUGAGUAGAAUGUUGAUAUCAUAAAUUUGAAAUAAUAAUAUGAAGAUUAAAUUAAAUAAUUGAAUAAUAAAAAUACUGAAAUUUAGACAUAAUUUUCAUAUGAAAAAUAAAUCUUAUUGAAUCAAAUUGAAGAAUUAAAAUUAAUCUAUCGAGAUCCAAAUUUAAAGGAAAGUAUGAAUUGUCAUAAUAGUACAUCUAAAAACAGAAGCAUUGAUGCUAUUAAAAUAAAAAGUUCUCUCUAAUCAUAUGAUAGUCCAAUUUAAUGUAAAAGUUUUCACAUACCUUGUCCUGAAAGCAAAGUACAAAUCUAUAAUAACUAUUUGAAAAAUUCAUCCACUCAAUCUAUUAUUUUAGCUUAAAAAUAAUAAAUUUAAUAAUAACAAUUAUAAUAAAACAAUUAAUCAUUUGAAAAAUCUUCGAAUAUGAAUGAUGGAAUACCUAUUUCGAUAGAUUAAUUCAACUUAAUGAAAGAUAAAAAAUUAAAAUCAUCAUCUACUCUUUCUUUUCCAACAAGUAAUAAUUACAAUCUUAAUUCCUAUUUAUAAGAGCAAAGCAUCUUUUAAUAAAAUCAAGAAUCUUUUUAGUUGGAUUCUAAAAAUAACUUUAAAGAGGAAAUAUACAAAACUAAAAUUUUAAAAUAAUUGAAUCCUAAUAUCUCAAACAGAUAAAUUCAAUUAGAUUAUAAUAGAUCUAUCAAACACGAAUUAUAAAAAUAAAAGGAAUAAAAUUAUUAAAGAUCCAUAUCUUAAGAAGGAGUAAAAUAAUAAAUAUCCAAUUUAAACAAAAUGUUAGGCUAAACUGAAUUAAGUUUUUAAUAGAGUACUUCAACAUAAUAAAAAACUAAUAAUACUUCACUUAAUAAUUUCAAAGUUCCAGCUUUUACUUAGAAUUAAUUAAAUAGUUUAAAAAAUAGUUCAUAAUAUAUAUAUCCAUGCACAACUUUAAGGAUGAAAGAAAGUCUAUUACACAAAAUAAAACAUAAUAAUAAUCAUAGUACUCAUGAAGAGAUCAAAUAAAAUAAAGAGAAUCAUUAGCCAAUUAAAAAUCAUUCAAAAAGUGAUAUUAAAGUUAUGAUUGGCAAAUUGCUAUAAAAUAAAGGAAAGUAAAGUGAUCUAUAAGAAAAUAAUGGAUAUCAAAUAAAGAAUAAUAGAAUUUGA